AUGAACAUCAUUGUGGCUAACGUUGUCAAGUCCCUUGGGAUUGCCAACUUCAAGUUUGAGUUCACUACAACUCGCUGUUUCACCAGCAGUGGAGUCUACCCCGCCAACAUUGCCUGCUGCGACCCUCUCAGUGUCCCUGCCACCUGUCCUGCCGGUUCGGUCAACACCACCGAAUACGCCGAUCUGAUUGGCCGAACCAUCGACCCAGCCAACUGUGCAGCCACCACUCCUUCAGCUCCUCCCUCCGCAUCUGCCCCUGGUUCAGCCCCCCUCCCCUCCCCGCCCCCAACUGCGUCCCCCUCCACAUCUCCGCCCAAGGAAACCACCCCCUCCCCAUCGCCGCCUAUGGUUACCACCCCCUCCCCAUCUCCUCCUGCAGUUUCUCCCCCCUCCCCUUCUCCGCCCUCUUCGUCUUCCUCUUCCCCCACCCCGCCUGCUCCUGCACCUCCAAAAAUCGGUUCGCCUUCUGCUGCUUGCUAUGCAUCGGUGGUUAGAUACCUUAUUUAUGGGGCUGUGGCUUUGCUUGUGCUGUAG